AUGCCAAAAGAACCCAAAGCAACCCCAAUCAUCAUCCAACCAACCACCGCCCACCCUGAAUCCUUCCCAACACCCAUCUACGGCGACAUAACCUGGCACACCCUAAUCUCAUCCCCAAAAACCAAUUCAACAGACCUCUCCGCUGGAAUAGCAACCUGUCCACCAUCCACCGGCCACCUCUGUGCACACAGACACACUCAGGCAGAGAUAUAUCAUGUUCUCGAUGGUGUGGGCGAAGUCACCAUUGACGGUGUGAGGAGUGUGGUUUCUAAGGGCAGUACGGUGUUUAUUCCGUCGGAUGCGGAGCAUGGGAUUGUUAAUACGGGAUCGCUGCCCCUGAGGUGGUUUUAUGUUUUUCCUACGGGGUCUUUUGGGGAUGUGGUUUAUAGGUUUUCGAAGGAUGGGGUUCCUAGGGCGAAGUUGUGA